UAGCCGACCGGUACAUUCACCUGACUUUGCUUCGAGUCGGGGGAAUCCGUCUCCCAACCAUGAACUUUUAAAUCUAACUCGGACACCGAAUAAAGAUACAAACAAGUGCAGCAUAACUGCAUGUCAUUUCUAAGUGAACACGAAGUAAUUCAAUACCAAUGACCAAGUAUACUGCAUGGAAUACACGUGUAACCUUAAUCGGGAUCCUGGUUUUCAAGAAAUUUUCCUAUAAAACCUCCCAAUCUGAUCUACCUCCUUCCCUUCCCCGUACAGUACUUCCAUAACAAAUUCUCUAAUUCUGCAGAGAAGAUUUCAUUCUGAUGAGAUACAACCAAAAUGAAAACAACGACGAACAAGAAGCAUCUCUCUUCCAUUGCCAACCAUGUCCUCGGCAAAUGUGCAGAGACUUUAGACACUGCAGUGGAUAAUCUGAUUGAAGAAUUUGAGUCUGGAUGGAAGCCAGCUGAGACAACGCCCACAAAACCAGCAAACAGUUAUGCAAGAAAAUUGGUGGAGUUUUGUAGCUCAAGAGCUUUAACAAACAUAUGUGAGAACAUAGUGGAGACGAUUGAAGAUGGGACUUUCAGUCGAUUUACUUUCGAUAUGAUGCUUGCUUGGGAACAGCCUAGCUCCUCUGAUGAAAUGGCACAUUCGGAAACAAUGGGAAAAGAGAAAGAAGAUAGGAAAAUUCCUGUGAGAGAGAUGGAAGAACAAGACGAUAUUCCUCUUUUCUAUUCAGACAUUAUGCCACUUCUCGUUGAUAAUGAGCCAAGCAUUGGAGAAGAUUCAUUUGUUUGGUUGGCGUCCUUGGUUCCCUUGUUGGGUGACAUCGUGAAUGGAAGAUUCACUUAUGAAACGUUGACAGCACCUACAGCCAAUCGUAUUCAUUUCCCUGCUUAUGACAAGUAUCUAAAAGAAGUUGACAAGUGUAUUAAAUACUUGCUGAAACAACCCACUCCAACAGGUGUGGAAUUAGCAUCUGGUGAAUUUAUACUGCACAUGGAAGGCACUGCAAGAACGCAAAGAGUAGUUCGUCACAUAGGAGGAUCCAGUUGGCCUGGUAGACUCGUGCUGACCAACUAUGCGCUCUACUUUGAAGCUUCGGGAGUCGUAUCUUAUGAGGAUGCAGUGAAGGUUGAUCUUUCGAAAAAUGUUGAUCACAAUGUUAAACGAGCUUCUACAGGUCCUUGGGGUGCUCCUCUUUUUGACAAAGCAAUAGCAUAUGAAUCUCCUGAAUUAUCAGAGAGUCUAGUCUUGGAAUUCCCAGAGAUGACAAGUUCUACAAGGCGUGAUCACUGGCUCGCUCUAAUAAAGGAAAUCAUACUGUUACAUCAAUUCUUAUUUAAAUUCAACAUCGACUCCCCACAGCAAGCGUGGGAAAUGCAUGCGAGAACAGUUCUGGGGAUUGUGAGGCUCCAUGCAGCUAGAGAGAUGCUAAGAAUAUCGCCUCCAGCACCCACUAAUUUCUUAAUUUUUUCUUUGUUUGAUGAACUGCCAAAGGGGGACUAUGUUGUAGAAGAGUUGGCGAACAAUCUGAAACUGGUGAAUACUAUACAGCCAUGUAGUGCCAGCUCUAUUCUCAAUAGUUUAAAGUUGUCCAAUCCUGGUAUCUCAGACACUGAAGUUAAAGAAGAGAUAGCUGAAGAGAUUUUGAGUACCAAUCAAACUGAGAGUAUAUCAUCGUUAGAGACAACGAUAACUCAAGUUAGGGAGGAAGCCAAGGAAAUUGGCAUAGCCCAAGCUACUGUUGAAGGACUGAAAGAGGAAGGAAUAGGUGAUAGUUUCAUGGUUUUGGUGGAACUCCUUGGUCCACUUAAGAGUGUUGUACCUUGGUUUGAGGAAGUGCUGAGAUGGGAAAGACCACCCACAACAGUCCUUGUACUUGCCACGUCUUUGUUUAUCGCGUACAGGGAAUGGAUAGGAAAGGCUUUAGCAGCGUGUUUGUUAUGGGGAGUAGGAAAAAUGCUUUCCGCGAGACAUGAGAAGCGGAGGGAAAGAGAGAAGAAUGAGAAAAUAGUUGUGUGUACUGCUUCUGACCAAACUGCUGUAGAGAGCAUAGUUUCUGCACAACAUGGACUAAAAACUGUACAAGCCAUGGUUCAGACGGCAAAUAUCUCCUUAUUAAGAAUUCAAUCCAUAUUGAUGUCAAGGGCUGAAAAGCAUGCAGACCAGGUUAUGAUGAUAAUGGUGGGAUUGGCAGUAAUGCUAGCAGUGAUUCCUUUCAAAUUCAUAAUUAUGGGAUCGACAGUUUAUGUUUUUAUGAUGAACUCAAGGCUUGGCAAUUACAUGAAGAAUGAUCGUGGCAACAGAAGGCUGAAAGAAUGGUGGGACUCAAUUCCAGUUAUUCCAGUCAGAACUGUAGACAAGACUCUGUGACUUUCUUUCCUGUUGGAUUUUGUUUAGUCUUUGGGCAAAUGUUGUACUUGAACAUACACGGUUUACAAUAAAGAUGGUUACUGUGAAAUUUGGAUGCAAACACUGGGCAGUUUGGCAGCUUUUGACUCA